AGGCCUGAGCAGUCCAUCUUUUUGGUCCCUUCACCCUUGACGACAGACUUUCUUGCACGCUGCCGUCGAAACCAUCAUCGCCGACUCGGCCCCAAGCGACUCACAUAAUGGCGACCCCUAUGCGCCACGGGCCGUCACAGCAGGGCAGAACUCCAUCCCAAGUACCGGGCGCAGCACCAACACCACCGGUAUCGACGCCUUUCUCCAACUCCCAGACCCAGGCAGCCUUCUCCCCAGCGCAGGGCUCCAAGACAUCACCACAAGCAUUCAGGAAGUCACCGGCCAACUCUCAUACGCUCAAGGGCCUGUCGGAUGGCGCUGGUCCUGUUAAUUUCGACAGCCCUUCUGCCGCUGCCGCCCUCGGUGCUCUGGGGAUACAUGACUUGGGCCUUGACAAUCUGAGCAUGGGCACAAUGGGCAUGGGCAUGGGCAUGGGUAUGGGCAGACCAGACGACGACGACCGCAAGAGACGCAUGGAUAUCAUAAUAGCUAUGAUCAAGGCGGCGGGAAAGGGCAGAGUCAGCAACGAGGGGCUGGAAAGAUUGGCACAAACCAAUGGGUUGGAGUGUAUGUGGGAAGAUAACAUCGCCGGCGGCCCGAAAUCCAAGAAUCUCUUCAUUGCUGGUAGCGGUCUGGCAAUCGAAAUCACCAUCACUAAUCACCACGUGGAGAACGUUCAAGUAACCUAUCCCGAAUGCGCUGAUACCACAAGAGAGCACGUGGGCAAGGCAGCAGACAUCCUUCUUCGCGAUCUCAAGCUGGAGCCAGGCGAAUGGGCCCUGACCAAGACCCUGGAAAAGUUCACCCCCAAUCUGGAGCGCAUUUCCAUUCUAGACAAACUAAGUGUGCUGCCAACAUUGAAUUGCUACGAUGCCAUUGACGGCAUCUAUCAGAGCUUGCUCAAGCUUCACGACUGGGACGUGGCAAAGCUGAAGGAGGACCCAAAGAUGCAAGGUCGCUCAGAGGACUACAUCAAGCUGGCCGCUUUAUAUCGCAGGCACGGCUGUCCUCAGAUGCACGCACGCGACAGAAUUGGCCUCAGCUUGGAUUACUGGAAGGAGGCAAAGAGACUUCCCGGCACUACCAUCGAGAGUGAUGAGAAGGAAGGCGUCAAGACAUGGGGUAUUCUAAUUGAGUGUGCUGCUAAGAACAACAACAUGGUAUUUUUGCCUAUCCGGGUAUCCAAGAGUUGGAUAGCGGAAGAGAUCGAGAAGACCGCCACAGCGGAAGAACAGCUGAUGCAACCAGUGGCAGGUCCAAUUUUGAACUGGCUAGAACCCGAGAACACCCUCCUACCAUCAGGCGCUGGCAGCAAACCCGAGGGUGGCAUCAGCUCUGACCCUAGGCUCCCAGAGGUGGUUUUCAUGGCCACUUUCGACCCACCGCUGAUCGUGUCAUCUGGUGUCGCAGCACAAAUCUAUAACACUGCAGGCAUUCAGGCACCCCACGGCAGUAGCGUUACAUUCGACGCUCUGAUUUUCCCCGUCGUCGCAGGAACCCCUUAUGAUCCAACUGAAUCCAGGAUCGUCACCCACGAGCAGCCCGUCAUGCUCUCUGAAACAGCGAGAUCCACACGAAAACUUCGAAUUCAUCAGAACACGUUGAACACCGACCGCGCUGUCUACGGUGAGGUCCUCACCAAGGUGCCAUUCCAUCAUCCACGGCAGCUGGUAGAGAUGCUACCGGUGCUGCGACAGUAUGCUUUCCUGCAGUCCUUACUUGCAAACAGUUUCGAGAAAAACGAACAUCCCGAGCACAAACCAGCGGGUGCUGUUGACAACCGAACAUCCACUGCGAAUGAUGACUUUGCCGCUUUCAUGGGGGGCGCGGACAAGUCGAUGACUGUCAACAGUUCGGCUGGCGAUGAGUCGUUCCCUGUAAACAUUGCGAUGACGGCUCAUCCUGUACCCAACCUGAGGAUCUCCUUCCCCUUCAAGGGCAAGACAGCCAAUAUUACACUGGAGAUCCAGCUCGGGGGCAGGGUCCAUAUCAUCUCGGACAACAUCUUCGAAGCAGAUGUCGAGGGUAUUCAAGAGGGUGCUGAUCCCCAUUCUUGGCACGGUCCUGGUAAACGCUAUAAUGCCGAGCAAUGGGCAGACCAGCUGGAGAUUGUUGAGCAUAUUGGCAAGUGGAUUGAGAGGAUCAAGUAUAAAUUCAACGACCAGUAGACGAGUGAGAGCUAGUUAAGCUCACAGGGGAUCGAUCUGUCGAAAAAUUGGUGUUGGGAUGUGUUCUCAUCUCGAAGAGAGGACUGUUUUUGUUAGGCCGUUAAAACGGAGAGGUAACCUCACGGAGGCUGAAAUAUCAGAUCACCACAGCACGAGGCCUUGUUGAAUUAUAGA